ACAGAGAGAGGUUUCAUUCCCAGCUCCAAAGAUCCAGCCUGACGCAUCCUGCGCGCCACAGAGAAAGAGAGAGAGAGAGAAAGAGAGAGAGAGAGAAAGGGGAGAGAGGGGGAGAAAACGCCGCCGUGUAUGUAUGUGGGUGUGUGUGUGUGUUGAUGUGUGUGUGCACGUUUCGCUGUCGUUUUCACGCGUGAAUCAAGGCCACUAGGACUGAGGAGAUACCGGGGCCCUGCUGGAACCCGCACUCCUGUGAGGAGACAGACGCGGUCUCCUUCUCGCGGGCAUGCUGGGACCACCUCCUCCGAUCAGCUGAACCCAGCCUUGGUCAUGCCGCGCACCUGCCUCCCUGACGGACCGGGCUGCUGAGAGCGAACAGGGGGCAACUUUUUGGGAGGAAGAAGUUGCCAUCAGAUCGAUUGUGAGCGCGAGGAGCUUGGAGGGGACUAAAAAAACUGGAGUCCCUCCAUCGAGAUUCUUUCAUUUUUUUCUUCGCAUUUUCAUCCCCUCGAUAGGAAGGCGAAACGGCGACUUCAGUUGAUUAUCUGUCUUUCCUUUGCUAUCCAAUGGAUAUUCACUGCAAAGCAGACCCGUUUACAGCCAUGCACCGGCACGGAGGUGUGAACCAGCUCGGCGGGGUGUUUGUGAACGGCAGACCCCUCCCGGACGUGGUGAGGCAGCGGAUCGUGGAGCUUGCCCACCAGGGCGUCCGGCCCUGCGACAUCUCCAGACAGCUGCGCGUGAGCCACGGCUGCGUGAGCAAGAUCCUGGGCAGGUGGGUGAAGACUCUCCGGCGAAGAUACUACGAGACUGGUAGCAUCAAACCGGGGGUGAUCGGUGGCUCCAAACCCAAAGUGGCCACUCCGAAAGUGGUGGAAAAAAUCGCAGACUACAAAAGACAAAACCCCACCAUGUUCGCCUGGGAGAUCAGAGACAGGCUGCUGGCGGAGGGCAUCUGCGACAACGACACGGUUCCAAGCGUCUCGUCCAUUAACAGGAUCAUCAGGACAAAAGUUCAGCAGCCUUUCCAUCCGUCUCCCGAUGGGACGUCCCUGUCAGCACCAGGCCACACCAUUGUACCAAACACCGCUUCUCCACCUGUAACCAGCGCCUCCAACGACCCUGCAGGAUCUUACUCCAUUAACGGGAUUUUGGGUAUUCCACGUUCCAACGGGGAAAAAAGGAAAAGAGAUGACGAUGGUUCAGAUGGUUCUGGCCCAAACAGUGAUUCUCAGGGUAGCGUGGAGAGUUUACGGAAACACCUGAGGGCAGAUGCCUUCACCCAGCAGCAGCUGGAAGCUUUGGACCGGGUCUUCGAACGCCCCUCGUACCCCGACGUCUUCCCAACGCCGGAGCACAUCAAACCAGAACAGGCUAAUGAGUACUCGCUCCCUGUCCUGAAUUCCAGCCUGGACGAAGUCAAGCCCAGCUUAUCCUCCAGCGCCAACCCGGACCUGGGCCCCAGCGUGUCACAAAGCUACCCCGUAGGUCGGGACAUGGCCAACACAACCUUACCCGGAUACCCCCCUCACGUCCCUCCCACAGGCCAGGGCAGCUACCCAACCUCUACGCUCGCUGGAAUGGUUCCUGGGAGUGAGUUUUCGGGGAACCCCUACAGUCAUCCGCAGUACACAACCUACAACGAAGCCUGGCGAUUCAGCAAUCCAGCAUUACUAAUGCCGCAUCGAGAGGCUCCGCCCCUCCCACUGCUGCCACUGCCUAUGACCGUCACUAGUUACCAUGGAAACCAAAUCAACCUGCAGGACCAUGGCCUCAGCCUCCACAUUGCCCCGGUGUGAGCAGCACGGUCCACUGGACACUGAGCAGCAGCAGCAGCAGCAGAAAAUGUUCCCGACUCACUCACGCAAAAAAAAAAAAACACAGAAGAAACUUUUUCUGAUCCAAGAUGACUGCUGUUCAUUCUGAUUGCAGCUUUUUCUUCUUCUUCUUUUUUUUUUUUUGGACACUCAAAGCAAAAAAAAAAAAACACACACACACAACUAAAUCUGAAACAAUAACGGAUGCUGAAGAAUUUUUCUCAUGAUGAAACUUGUGACUAAUUGCAGCAGGCUUAGAGGAUAAAAAGAUGAAAUCAGAAUUUAUUUUCCCCUCCUGCGGCGUCACGCUUUAAUCCGGCGGUGGAUCAAUACUGUACAUUCCUCUUCUGGAUGGGUCUCAGAGCUGUCCAGAGCUUGUGAUGUAUCCGCACUCGUUAUUUUCUUGUUGAUGUUUUUUUUUUCUUUUCCCAUCUGUCUUGAAUCGAAAUGCAGAAAUGGGAGAUCAGCUGUUGGUUUUUUUUUUUUUUUUUUUUACCAAACCUUCAGCAUGAGUACAUUGAUCACUUCUGAUGCCAUGAGAAGAUUAGGACACGCUCUCUGUGAAAUACAAUCAACAUGUAAAAAAUGAAAAUAAAACAAACCAUCCAUUUGAAAACAAAAGGAGCCACAUUAUUAUAGCGUCAUAGCUCCAUCUUUGCAAGGUUUCAAAUAUCAAUAUUCUUAAGAUAAUUUCUUUCUUUUCUUUUUAUAAUCAGUGAUGACUAAAUUAAAUGGCAGACUGCUUGGCUAGUGUUUGUUUGCCAGGAAUCUGAAGUUAAUCAGGCAAAACCUUAGCCUAGUGAACAAGACCAAAUUCUUGCUUUGCAAAGUUUGGUCUAGGCAUGCUCCAUUGGAACCUCCGCAGCCCCAACAUCAUUCUGCCUGGCCAAUCACAGCUCUCUAUAGAGAGCUCUAUAGAGCUCCUAUAUAGAGGAGUUUCAAACACAUAAAGAGCUGUGAUUGGUCCAUAAUGGUGGGCCAAUCAUAGUGCUCUAUCUGCUUAGUGAACAAAUCACAGAGCUUUAUCCGCUUUGUGGGCCAAUCAGGGCACUCUAUAUGCCUGGUGGGUGGGAUGAUGCAACAGAGUGAAACAAGAGUAUGUCACAUUCAUUGUCCAGUGAAAUGCGGAGAUCAUUUGAAAGACAACGGUAGAACCCGCCCCACAACCGAGAGCCGUCAAUGGAGCGUUGCCAGACUAAAUAAUACAUUUAUUUAGUCUGGCUUGCCAGGCUAGCAAAACCUUUCAGUGGGUUUUUUUGUGUGUUAUUUUUGCACUAUUUUGAAGGUUUGCAACACUGGACUGUUAAUAUGCAGAAAAAUGUGCAUUUUUGUUUAAUCUCACAUGUAAUCCGACUGUAAUCUAACAUCUCAAUCUGAAAAGGCACUUCCAGUUCCUGUAAUCUAAGGCCCAUCAUGUCACUGAUUUGACGUGCACUAUGCUACUUUGUGUUCUCACAGCCUCUUUAUUUAGUUUCUUAAGUCUUUGGCAUUCAAACACACAUUAACACGAAAGGAUUUAAUAGCCAUUCCUAGUCUAAACACUACCACGAUUCGUCUGAUUUGUUAACAAAAGUGUUUGUAUUCACUCUGAUAGGAGGAUUCUGACAACAUGGUUUCAGCUAAAUGCCUUAAACAUGUUCCCUCUCACCGUUAGCUCCCUCACACGUUUCAGGCCACGUCACUUCUGAGGAGGAAAGCUGGAAUUAUUAUGUUUCUUCAUCUGUCAAGUGAAUGUAUGUGCAUUUGCCAAAGACUUAGUUCUUGUUUGUGUUUAUUUACAGGCUGCCAAUAUGCAUCAUGAGCAGUGUUGUUGUAAUUAUUAUUAUUAUUAUUAUUAUUAUUAUUAUUAUUAUUAUUAUUAUUAUUAUUAUUAUUAUUAUUUGAUAAAGCCCAAAAUGUUGAUGAAGUAAAUGUAUAAAUUCUAUGCAGUGCAGAGAUGGUCAUAUGCAUAUUCAGCUGUAAACCUAAAGGUAGGUGGAGUUUAUUUAAUGUUAUUUACACUUUUUGUAGAAACAUUUUUGUUUGUUUGUUUGUUUGUUUGUUUAUGUGUGAUGUGAAGACACUUCUCUGUAAAUACAGCAAAGAAAAAAUAGUCUUUCAUGUUCAUGGGUAUUAUCACUUUCAUUAUGCUGGUAUCACUUGUACAAUAAUAAAAGUGUCUGAAAUCUUUUAUGCAAAA